AUGUCUGACGUUCAAUCACGACCCGCUGCUUCUCGUGGCAGGGUGUCUGCUCGCGGUGGUCGAGGCGGCUAUAGCUCUAGAGGUGGUCGGGGUGGCAGCAGCAGAUCUGCAAAGGCAGACAGCUCAGAGGACACGCAGUCCGCAUUCGAAGAUGAGGGCGAAAUCGGUCAGAUGAAGAAGAAGUAUUCCGACACUCUGCCUAUGCUGAAUGAGCUGUUCCCCGACUGGACGAACGAGGACCUGGUCUUCGCCUUGGAGGAUGCUGAUGGUGACCUCGAGGCUGCAAUUGAUCGCAUAACCGAAGGCAACGUCUCUCAGUGGGGUGAGGUAAAGAAGAAGACCACAGAUCGGAGUCGACCCAAGCCAAAGGAGGUACAGAGCACCCCGACCGAGACAACUCCCGCUCCUGUCCGAGCAGGCCGUGGACGUGGUGGAUUUGAAGGUCGUGGUCGCGCUCGCGGAGAUCGCGGUCGGGGCGGUCGGGGCGGCCGUGCAGGUGCUCAUACCAAUGGAAGCCGAUUGGAGAAGCCAGCUGUUACCGCUCCCAUUGCAUCCACUGCCGAGUCGGCUGCGACAGCUGUUCCCGAGGCGCAGAAAACUGACAAGGUGGACGCCGACGCCGAAUCCACAACCGUUGAAUCGACCGACACUUCGAAGGAGGAUGCCAAGGACACGCCCAAGAGCAGCGUCAUCCCCGAGGGCACCAAGAAAGGCUGGGCCAGUUUAUUUGCCAAACCCGCUCCUCCUCCUCCUACCGCUACUACUGCUACUCCUCCCACUCAGAAGAAACCUGCUGCUCCGGCUCCCGCCCCCGCUUCCGCUCCUGCUCCUGCUGCUCCGGCCGCUCCUGCUCCCACCGCUGCCCCUACUACAUCCGCCCCCGAAAAGCCUGCUGCUGUUGAACCAGUCGCAGAGCAAAAAGCCCCCGAACCCGCACCCAUUCCUGCCCCGGUCCCUGCCCCGGUUCCCAUCCCCGUGGAAAAGGCGCCCGAACCGGUCAUCCCUAAGCAGCCUGAGGCGCCGGCUGCUGCCCCUCCUUCAACCGAGGUCACUCCUCCUAAGGAUGAUUUGACCAAGACGAACCUCGCGCAGAUUCCCGAUGUUUCUCCCCCUGCUCCUACCGCUACUGCAGCCAGCACUGUGGGAAGCGCCUUUGAUGCUCACAAUGUCGGCUCAACCGGAACUCCUGGACGUGGCGCCCCUGGUGCCUACCCUGGCAGCGCAUUGAGACACAGCGUCCGAGGUCCGGGCGCCCAGCGUCGCGUUAUGGAACAGCAGGAAGCGGUGGUUAUGCCUGGAAACCAUGCCGUUGACCGGGCCGCCGUGCAGUUCGGUAGCAUGGGUCUGAACGGCGACUCUGCGGACGUCGACAUCGACGAGAACCGCGAGGACGCCGAGACCCGGGCUCAACCCCCUCAACACUCCCCCGUGGCCCCUCGUGCCUCCUUGCCCCCUUCUACCCAGCCGCAGGCCUCGACCGGCAGCCCCGCUGUCUCGCGCCCAGCCCCUGGACUUCCUCCUGUUCCUCAGGUCUCCGCCGCCGACUCUUCCUUCACCGACUUCUCUCGCUACACUGACGCCCACAAACCCUACGACCCAUUCAGCCAGCAGGUUUCGCAGCCUCAGCCUCAAAUCCAGGAGCCAUUCGCCAACCAGGCUCCCGUUCAGCCCGCCGUCACCACCAGCAGCGAGUACUCUCCUUUCUACGGCGUUGACCAGCGUCUCCCCUACAACUAUUACGGCACCUACGGCCAGUCUCAGGAUGCCACCGCUGCCCAGAGAGCGGGUGCUGGAUUCGGUGUUUCCGGCGCCGAAGUACAGCCGCACAUCCCCACGACCCAGCCCCCCAGCCGUUACGGCCAUGUCGAUGCUCCCAACAGUGGUCACAACACACCUAAUCCCACUCUUCCAGCGGCUGCUCAAACCCCGACUGCGGCGCACAUGCCUGGCCAUGCCGCCUACCAAUACCAGUACCCCUACUUCUCCAACCCCCACUAUGCGACGUACAUGAGCCAGAUGAACCAAUACAGCCGAAACCGUCCGAUGUAUGAUGACGCUCGCCGCUAUGAUGACCACUACAUGCCCCACAGCGCCGCCCAAUAUGCCUACGGCAAUCAGUAUGGACCCUACGGCAAGACUGGAAUGUACGGACAGCCCCACGGCUUUUCCUACGACCACUCUUCGUCGCCUGCGGCGGCCGGCGCCUUCAACCAAGCUAUGCCGGGCCGAGAAUCCGUUUACGGACGUACCGGCUCCGCCCAGCCCUCAGAAAGCCAGCAGACCGCGGCCGGGGCCAAUGCGUUCGGCACGGGCAUGUCUGAUGUUUUUGGACGUUCCCAGGCGGGCUUCGGCCAGAGCCAGCCCAUUUCCCAGCAGCCCCCGGUGACUUCGGAGGAAACGAAGGCCUUCGACACACCCAAGGCGGGCGGCCCUAGCCCUUCGUUGGCACAGGCCAACCGUCCUGGAUCUGCGACCAACAGCGUUCCCGGUCAGUCUCAAGCUCAAACCGGACUUCCUCCUUUGCAGGGCCAGCAAGGCCAGCAGGGAUUUGGCGCUUACCCCCACCUCAACCCCCAGUAUGGAGGCCUGGGUGGACUUGGUGGCCACCAAGCAGCCGCUACCCAGAGUCACCAUCAAGCGACCGGCUACGGUAACUACGGCGGUGCAGGAUUCACCAACUACUACGGCAACACUGGUCGUGGAGGCUGGGGCGGCAACUACGGUCACUAA